AUGGACCGAUCCAAGAAGCCUUCUGCUAUCGGAGUGGGAGCUUCCCUCCCACAACCUUCUCUGUCCAUCAAGGACAACGUUAUCGAAGCGUCCUUGCCCACCGGUCAGUCAGUUGCUGUGAACUUGUACGGCGCUACUGUGACCUCCUGGAAGGUCAAUGGCAAGGAGCACCUGUUUGUCAGUGAGAAGGCCCAUCUCGAUGGCUCCAAACCUAUCCGUGGUGGCAUUCCGCUGGUGUUCCCGGUCUUCGGUCCCCCGCCUCAGAACCACGACACCUCCAGCCUCCCACAACAUGGCUUCGCACGGAACUCCAACUGGGAGUUCUUGGGCAAGUCCGCUUUUGAAGCGCCCGGAAGCAAUAGCGACCAGAGCCAUAUGAACGUCAAAUUGGAUUUCGGACUGUCACACUCCAUGUUGACCGAUGAGUUCCGUCAGAUGUGGCCACAUGAAUUUGGUCUGGUAUACAGUGUUACGCUCACGAAGGAUACAUUAGAGACGGCAUUGCAGGUUCGCAAUGAUGGUCAGAAGAACUUCGAGUUCCAGGUUCUGAUGCACACCUACCUCAAGGUUGCGGAUAUCUCUGACGUCCGUGUGAAGGGUCUUGAAUCAAAGACCUACAUCGAUAAGACUCUCCAGGCGACUUCUCACACCGAAUCGUCCCCUGCAUUGGCGAUCACACAAGAAACUGACCGCGUUUACCAAAAUCUUGACCCCGCUGUUCCAGUUAUUGUCGCAUCUGCCGAUGACAAGCCUCUGUUCUCCAUCACUCGGGAGGCUUUGUCUGAUGUUGUUGUUUGGAACCCAUGGAUUGAAAAGGCCAAGGGGAUGGCUGACUUUGGCCCUGAUGAGGCUUACAAGAACAUGAUUUGUGUGGAGGCUGGCUCAGUCUCUGGCUGGCAGACCCUCGAGGCUGGAGAUACCUGGGAGGGAGGACAAAGCAUUCAAGCACGUCUGUGA